GGCGCGGCCGGGGCGGGGAGCGAGCGCGGCGGGGGGGGACCGGCCUGGCCCGGUCCGGGACGAUGCUGCGGCUGGUGUCGCUGAAGUUGGGGCGGCUGUACCGCUACGUGAAGCUGGCGGUGCUGGGCAGCCUGGCGGCGGCGCUGGUGCUGAACACGCACUCGCUGCUGGCCUCGCUGCAGCGCAACGAGCUGUCGGAGCGGCGCUUCCUCCAGCUCAAUAAGUGCCCGGCCUGCUGGGGCACCAGCUGGUGCCGCAAGUUCCUCAACGGGCAGCUGCGGCUGGAGAGCUGGGGCCGCCUGCGUCUCUUCGACUUCUUCAACGUCAAGAACGUCUACUUCGCCCGCUACGGGGAGCCCCGCGAGGGCAGCCGCCGCGUCGUGCUCAAGCGCCUGGGCUCCGCGCAGGAGCUGGCCGACAUCGACACCAAGAUCUGCCGCCGCGCCACCGGCAGGGGCCGCUGCGACCUCCUGCAGGCCCUGCACGCCACCGAGUUUGCCAGUCUCAACGGCGACGUGCGGCUCCUCACCCCCGACGCCGUGGAGGGCUGGUCGGACCUGGUGCACUGCCCCUCGCAGCGCCUGCUCGACCGCCUGGUCCGCCGCUACGCCGAGACCAAGGACUCGGGCAGCUUCCUGCUGCGCAACCUGAAGGACUCGGAGCGCAUGCAGCUCCUCAUCACCCUCGCCUUCAACCCCGAGCCGCUGGUGCUGCAGAGUUUUCCAUCUGAUGAGGGUUGGCCAUUCGCGAAGUACUUGGGAGCGUGCGGAAGGAUGGUGGCAGUCAAUUACGUUGGAGAAGAGCUGUGGAGUUACUUUAAUGCACCAUGGGAGAAACGAGUGGAUCUGGCCUGGCAAUUAAUGGAAAUAGCUGAGCAGCUGACAAAUAAUGACUUUGAAUUUGCACUCUACCUCCUUGAUGUCAGCUUUGACAACUUUGCAGUUGGACCAAGAGAUGGGAAAGUAAUUAUUGUAGAUGCAGAAAAUGUUCUGGUUGCAGACAAAAGGUUAAUCAGACAGAAUAAACCUGAAAACUGGGAUGUAUGGUAUGAAAGCAAAUUUGAUGACUGUGAUAAAGAAGCUUGUCUGUCGUUCUCAAAAGAGAUUCUUUGUGCUCGUGUCACUGUGGACCACAAUUAUUAUGCUAUUUGUCAGAACCUUUUAUCAAGACAUGCCACAUGGCGUGGCACAUCUGGAGGACUACUUCAUGACCCCCCAGCUGAAAUUGCCAAAGAUGGCCGGCUUGAGGCCUUGCUGGAUGAGUGUGCCAACCCAAAGAAGCGAUACGGGAGAUUCCAAGCAGCAAAAGAACUGCGUGAAUACCUUGCACAGUUGAGUAACAACGUGAGGUAGUCCACAGUGAAAAUCUUUUGCAACACUGGCUGAAACACUAUUGCAAAGACACAUAGAAAAUGAAGUUUUGAACUUAUGUGUUAAAAAAAGAAAAUAAUAAUAAAAAUAAACUAGUUUAUCAGUUUUCUAAAUACCAUAAAAAUAGAAUUUUAUGGUGUUACAAUGUUUCUUUGCAAACAGACAAGGUACUUACUGAAUUAAAACUUGAGCUACUAUUGACACUUCUCCCUAACUGUUUAAAAGGGAGUAGGUCAAAAAAGACUGUGAUAGAUAAUUGACAGCUUGUGUGUCAAAGGGUACUUUACAUAAAACUGCAUUUGUGUCACAGUUUUGUGAAGCUGAUGUUCUUACUUGGAAAGUCAAGUUAGACUGAUGGCCUGUUUUAAAGGCCUUUUACCUAACAUCGUCUCAUUUUUGUGUUGUUUAAACACACUGAAGUGGCAUUUACAUCCAGGUAAAUCUAGCUGUGUGCAUUGUUUCAAGUUUAAUGGGCUGUCAUGUUAAUGCUGUGCAGUACAUUCCUACUGUGAGUGCAGGAUUCCCAUGUUUACUGUCCAAUUUUAGGGGGUUUUACACUAUUUUACUAUGCUUAGACAUUGUGUUGUUUAUUUUAAGAUUAUAAUGAACUGAAAUGUCAUUUGAACUAACAUUCAGUUGAUGUCUUUUGUAGUUCUACCAUUGGAAAUAUCACUUAAUGUAAUUAUUGUACAAAACUCGCCCUUGAUGCCAGUAUACACACAUGGCUGUUUAGCAUGGUAUGAGCAAACUCUUAUUUCUAACAGAGAUAAGUUGAGAAUUGGAGAGAUGCUACAAAAAAAACACAACAAACAAAAUCUGUAUUAAUUUAAUUUGGGGAUAAAAGCUUGACUAAAAUAAAAGUUCAGUAGUCCAGUGUAGUUAUGCAUAAACCAAAGAAAAUGAUUUUAUUAGUUUCUAAACAAAUAAUAAAGAAAAAAUGCUAUA